AUGGCGUCCGAAAAACCGUUGAAGGUCCUUAUCGUCGGCGCCUCAACUUCAGGCUUGACCUUGGCCCAUUGCCUUGACCGAGUCAACAUAGACUACGAAAUCUUCGACGGCCACCCGGUCGCUCCUCCCGUCGGCGCCUCCAUCUGCCUUCUUCCAAACGGUGUCGCCGUGCUCGACCAGCUCGGUCUGUACAAGAGCCUCGCCGCCAUCACAAGGAAGCUUAAGAACGUAGCCAUAUAUGCCUCUGGCGGUCGACUGAUCAAUGUCGGCUACCCCGGCUGCAUGCUCCCCAGGCAAGCUCUCGUCCAAAUGCUCUACGACCACAUCGCCGACAAGUCCAAAAUCCACGCAGGAAGCGGCAACAAAGUCCGCCGAGUCGAGCACCGGGACGAUUGCAUCGAGCUGCACACCACGGAUGGCGCCGUCAUCCGCGGCGAUCUGGUGGUCGGAUGCGACGGCGUCCACAGCACCAUCCGAUCUGAAAUGUGGCGCAUCGCCCGCGCCGCGCAGCCCGAAGCAUUCGCCGAAGACGCAUCCGCCUUUGCAUCGGAAUAUCGCUGUCUCUUCGGCAUCUCGGGCCCCGUUCCCGGGAUGGGGCCCGGUGACAGCCAUCUCACCACCGGCAAAGCCGGCUAUCUUCUUUUCGACGGGGCGAACGGCGACGUGUUCUGGUUCCUCUACGAGAAGAUGGACAGGAAGUACACCUGGCCCGACGUGGCUCGGUUCACCCCUCAGCAAGGCGAGGCGCUGGCGGCCGAACACGUGCACGACGUCAUCACCGGCGAGAUGACCUUCGGCGACGUGUGGAAGGCGCGGAAGACGUUCGGCCUGCUCCCCAUGGAGGAGGGCGUUAUGAAAAACUGGCACUGGGGCCGCAUUGCCGUCCUCGGAGACGCCGCGCACAAGGUAUCUGUGAAUGCGGGCCAAGGCGGCAACAGCGCAAUUGAGGACGCCGCCGCUUGUGUGAACGCGCUGAACGCGGCCGUCAAGGCGUCUCCGUCACGCGGCCUGUCUUUGGCGGAAAUCACGACCGCGCUGGGCCGAUACCAGGACGCUCGACUGCCGCGCAUGUUGAAGAUCGAAUGCCUGUCCAGGGACCUGUGCCGCAUCCAAGGCGCCGAAGGCAUCAAACACUCCCUGUUCGUGGCGGUUUCUUGGCUCAAGAGCGCGCCUUGGAUGGAGAUGCAGGAGGACGUGGUGCGCGGGGCGGUGACGCUGGAUUUCUUGCCCGCAUCGACUCGGUAUAUCAAAGCGGCGGCACUGCCGACGGAGCAGGGCGGCUUCUUUUCCCUGGCCAGUCUCCUCGUCCUAAGCGCUGGCUUGCUUGCGGGAGUUGGCAUUGGCGUCUUUCUGAACAAGAUUCCUAUCGUCGGUUAA